AUGGUGAGUCCGCCCAAGAAGGACGCAAAGUCUUCGGCUAAGCAGCCCCAGAAAACACAGAAGAAGAAGGAGGGAUCCAGCGGCGGCAAAGCCAAAAAGAAGAAGUGGUCCAAAGGAAAAGUCCGCGACAAGUUAAACAACCAAGUGUUGUUUGACAAGCCAACAUAUGAAAAACUGUACAAGGAAGUGCCACAAUACAAGCUGAUCACUCCCGCUGUUGUCUCUGAAAGGUUGAAGGUCCGAGGUUCCCUUGCGAGGCGAGCUCUCAUCGAACUUAGAGAAAAAGGCUUAAUCAAGCAGGUCGUCCAACAUCACGGACAAGUUAUAUACACAAGAGCAACCAAGGGUGAUGAUCCCGUCGCCUAAGUUAUGAUUUAAGUAAAAAAUUAAAAAAAAAAACACAGUUUUUCAUUUUCCUCUUCUCCAUGUUAAUGUUGUACAAAGUUAAAUAAGUUAUGAUUUACGAUUUUUUUUUUAUCUCAUCUUAUGUUUCUCAUCCACAUCAAAAACUGCAAAUUUGACAGUUGGGUACAAAUUCCUCAAAUGUUCUUUGAGCGCUAGAGCAUUUUCUUCAUUUGCCGUUUCGACUACAACAUUUGCCUGAAAGAUAAUAUUAGUAUUAUUUCCUGUUUGAGAAUAUUCUAAAUUCACUUUGAUAAUUGAUAUUUAUACAUAGUUAUUACAGUGCUCACGCAGCGUGAAACGCCUAUAAAGUAGUUAUUGACAUUAAAAAAUAUA